UGUCGCUUCGUUCUUUCCGUCAUGCAUCUGGCAGUCUCACGUGUUUACCAACACCGUGGUCUAAUACCGAUCGAGCUGUUAUGAAAUCAUCUCGGCGUGUAUCUUCGAAUCCGUGAGUGUUUCUCGAACCCGGGUGGUGCACACAGAGAUCUAGGCCUUCGCCCCUACGAUGUCCGCCUUCUCGCAGACGUCCGAGAGCGACGCGUGGACCCUCCUCUCGCUGAAAUCGGCCCCCAGCAGCCCCUCCAAGCUCCAGUGGAGUCCCGAGCACAAGGGCGACGCCAUCGCGCGCAUCGAGGGUCGCGACAUCGAGUACCUGGUGCGCCAGAAUCGCAUCGUCAUCGGGAGAAACAGCUCACGUGGCGACGUCGACGUCAACAUGGGCCAUUCGAGCUUCAUCUCGCGCCGGCACCUGGAGGUCUUCUUCGACCACCCUUUCUUCUAUCUCUUGUGCAACGGAAAAAACGGAGUCUUCGUCGACGGGGUGUUCCAGCGGAAAGGGGCACCGGCCAUACACCUGCCCAAGACGUGCCAACUGCGAUUUCCAAGUACAAACAUCCGACUAUCGUUUCAAUCUUUGGUGGACGAGAACAGUGAGCCCCCUCCUAGGGUCCGAGAGGUGUCCCCCGUGCGUAUGCGAGACCGAGGCGGCGGCUCUGGAAUGGCCCCCUUGCGCAUAAACAUCCCAGAUUCGACCGACGUCUACGUUAGCCCCUUUCCCUCGCCCACAGGGACGAUCAGUGCUGCCAACAGCUGUCCGGCGAGCCCCCGAGGGGGGCACGGGAGGAGGAACGUCUCGGCCGAUUUGCAAAUGGUGGCGGCGUACGCCGCCAAGGUGGCAAGGAGGGACGAGGGGGCGAGCAGUCACCACGUCCAGAGCCACAGUCCCGACCAUUAUAGACAUCCAACGAAUGGAAAUUCGAUACCACCAGUGGUGAUAAAUGACGGGUAUGGGGCCAGUGGAAGUAAAGACGAUUCUAAGCCCCCUUAUUCGUACGCCCAGUUGAUAGUGCAAGCUAUUGCCAGUGCCCCCGAUAAACAAUUGACGCUCUCGGGGAUUUACAGCUACAUCACCAAACAUUAUCCGUACUAUAGGACGGCGGAUAAAGGAUGGCAGAAUUCAAUCAGGCAUAAUCUCAGUCUAAAUAGAUACUUUAUUAAGGUGCCCCGUAGCCAAGAGGAGCCGGGCAAAGGCAGUUUCUGGCGCAUCGACCCCCAAUCCGAAUCGAAACUGAUCGAGCAGGCGUUUCGUCGUCGUCGACAGCGCGGUGUGCCAUGUUUCAGGGCCCCCUUCGGCCUUAGUUCACGAAGCGCCCCUGCCUCCCCCAGCCACAUUAGCAUGUCGGGGCUUAUGACUCCGGAAUGUCUGUCUCGGGAAGGCUCACCGACACCGGAACACAUGUUGGAAGUGAGUCAAUCGGCUCCGGGAAGUCCGGGCAAUCAAACAGUGGCGUACGCCGGCUCCGGGAGUAUGAUUGGACAUCAACAGAUGUCGGCGUUGGUGGGGGCCACCAAGGCGAGACUGCUGCUCCCACAUAGGGGCGAGGGGGGCGAAGUGAAUAAUGCCAACGGACAAGAGCAUAGAGAAGAAAAAUACCACGUGGUGAGUUCAAACAUCGUCGAAGAGCGUUCCCUCUCCCCCGCCACCUUCUCACCGCAGCCUGUCAUCGUUCAAACCCCCAAUUAUUCACCUUACAGCGGCGGCAAUAAUUACACUUCGGUAGGCCUCGACCUCAAAAGACACGUCGACGAACAACCGAGCGGAAGUCCAGCGAGUCCUGGCGAAAAUCAAGACAGUUUACAAGAACCGGAAGUGAAAAGAUCACGUCACGAACAGUACGACACGGAAUAGACAGAAAAAGUUUUUUCUAAAAGAAAUAAUUUUUUAAGUCACAUGGAAAAUUGUUAAUUGUUGUAAAUAAGGACACGAAAUUUCAGUAUUUAAAAAAAUGAUCAUUCGGGUUGAUUGUUUUGUUAUUGUUGGGGAGUUUUGAUGGGUUGGAGAGCCGAUUUUCAUUUUUUUAAACCGUGGCGUGCUUUUCCAGCAUUUCAUUAUUUUUGUUUUCAUUAGGGCUUUUAUAAACAAUUAUAAACAUAGCUGGUAUAUGUAGAUAAUUGUUUAUAAUUUUAUAUUUUUCGACUAAAACAGUCUUUACGAUUUAUUGUUAGUUCUACAUGUAUACAAAAUUAUAUUUAGAAAUAUUUAAUAAAGUACUAUUAUUGCUGUGA